UGAUUGUCAUUUUCUCCCCCUUCCACCAUUCUAUGUCAUGGUAUUGAGUGUUAGCCUGCCUUGACGAACCUCGCAUCAACCGGUCGAAAGCAGCUCAUGGGAGCGAUUCGGUUCCGACCAUUGAAUUGAACGUCGAGAUCACUACCUCUACAGUUUGAGUAGUGCGAGAGCGGUGCCGCCCGCUUCCGCCUGCACCUACUCCGAUCCUACCAACAUCAGCACCCCGCUCUGAGCUUGUGGUCGCAACUUUGCGACACAAAACGAUUCGUGCGAUGGCUGAGGAAGUAGAGGCAUUGGUCCUCGCACAAUUUAGAGAAAUUGUUGAGAAAGGCAAGGCUGCUAUUGAGAAUGUCGAAAGCGCAGGCAGCGAGGCGCCCGCACCAAUGCUCAAGGCAGCACAAAGUCUGGUUGAUUGGGGCGAAAAGGCAUUGAAGAAAAUUGAGCCUGUGUCAACAGCUAACUAUGAAGAAUAUGGGAGCCACUUCGUCAAUGCGCUCAAGGAGAACGAUGAAAUCGCGCAAUUUCGCUCGCAACUUGAAGAGUUGUUAUGGGAUUUUGAUGAAUACAUUGAGGUAAAGCAGUUCGAUGCCGACAAGUUCAGCGAGCUCCAAAAAGUUUCAAAGACCGCUGCUCUGAAGAUAGUAGAUAUCUUGAGGCGCAUGAUGAAGCUUGUUCCUCCGGUACCAAUACUACAUUCUCAUGCUCAAUCAGAAGCAGGGCCGUCGAUGAAUGGGAGUGUAAGCGGUGCGAUAACCGCAGAAGCUGGCCUUGAUAAUUCACUUCCCAAUAAUACAGAAGCACUGAGAUCCUCCCGACCCGCCAGUGAUAUUGAUAGGACAAGCUGGCGUCGUUCAGGACCUUCCGAGCCACCCUCUGGGCCACCACCAGCACCGCCUUCAAUCAAUCCAUGGCAAGUUGGAAAGUUACCAACUAGCCCAGUCGCAAAUCCUGAAGAGUGGGAGGGGUACGAGCGAAGGCCUCCAGUUGCACCUGAUUCACCGACCAUUCCCCAAACGCAACUAGUCAGCCCAACCAAAAGCCAGAUAGAUGAUCUACGGUCUCGCGAAGUAGAUGAGGAUGGCAUACGCGAUGAGCAUGAACAACAAUUGCGAGCAGCUUCGCGGAGUGAGGGGUCCUUGUCACCCCUGCAGACGAAUAGAUGGACCACUUCGACCCAGGGCUCAACCGACUCGGCGCGGUCACCUCAUAUGCGCUCUCACGCUGGCUUCGGUCGCAACUAUGAAACCUUCGCACCAUCUCAGGGAUAUGGGAUUGCUAUUAGUCGAGCUCCAUCGGGAACAUCAGCGACGGGAAACCUAUCGCCAAGACCAGACAUCAGACCAGGAAGCCGUGCCGCCAGUAGCCUUGGCCGAGAUCAGGAUAAUAACAUUACGGUCCAAUCCAGCUACCCCCCAAGAACAACGUCAGUGACAAAUCAGAACUCUUCUUCUUAUGUUCUCUCGUCACGUAGGCCGUCGACUGAAUCUAUUAAUAGUUCUGUCUUCGACGUCGUUGAAUCAUUAAGCCCAACAGACACCGGUGCUUCUAGGGCGAAUCGGCCAUCAGUUCAAUCACCAACAGCGCCGUAUCAAGCCGCAGGUUUUCCACCGCCGAGAUAUCCAGGACCUCCACCUCUAUAUCAAAGUCCAGUACCGGCUAGGCGUGCCUCAGGAAUGACGAUCCAAAGUCAAUCUUCAGGUGGUCGUACAGCACAUCCAGCUAUGAGCCCAAGGGGGCUGGACGAAGGACUAAUUCCCGUGGACAUGGAAUCCUCUCUGAAUGAAGCUCCCAUCCGGGUUCGAGAACCCGAUUGCGCAAUUACUCCCGCUAGCUCUUUUUACAAACAGAAAGGGCUCUGCAAAGGCGCGGAAGAAGCGCAACGCGGCCAACUGGGGUUCAAGAGAAUCAAGAGACCUGUUGGUGGAUUUUCCACUGCGAUAGUUGCUAAGUGCACUCAUUGUCUUUUUGAACUCGACUUCAAAUCUGUGGAACAAGAUUUGAACAACGAGUCUUCCGGAAGCUUCACGUCAAAUACUAUCGGAUUUCGCCUAAGAAUCCUCCAGAAAAGUCAUCUGCCGAUCCGCGUGAUAGACGAGCAGCUAUAUAGCUGUUUGUUUUGCAUUCAGUUGGGCCACACCUUGGAAGAAAGCGACGCGACGGUUUUUUUCAACCAGAAGCAGCUGUUUGCGCACCUGGCUCGACACCCCCGACCUCUACCAAGGAUACCCGGAGUCACGGUCAUCGAAGACCCCGAACUGCCACCACACCUCAAAGAUAACUUUGACCUUCACUUCCCCCACCCACCCACCGAAUCCGUCAUGGUUGGCAUCACCAGAGAGGUUGCCAGACUCCCUACGGCCGUGGCAACUGACACGAGGAAGAUAUCGCAAGGGGUCAUGCGACUUCCCCCAGACCGUCAAGCUGCUUUGCAUUUCUGUAUUGGUGCCAAAAUUGUCGGCAUCGAGUUCCCAAUCAAGUACGAAGGAAAGUGGGCCAUUGGCUGGCAUGAUGGUGUGCGCGCAGUAUUUGAGGCGGAUGCUGUGCAGCUCCAGGCACCGCCCAAUUCGGAGGUGAAGAUGCAAGGUACAAGCAGUAUUCAGGCCGUGGCGAGGUGGAAAUGGAAUCAGAAAGGUGACGAUCGAUGGCUCAAAUUUGAUAAGGGAGAUAUCAUCAAGAAUAUCUCAUGGGCCUACGCCGAUCAUUGGUGCUGGUCCGGCACAACGUCGAAAGGAAGCGGCUUAUUCCCGCAAUCACACCUUGACCCCAACUCGAUCAAGACGAGCGACUCUGAGGAUGGGGGUAGUGUGGCAAGCUGGGAGAAGAAGAACCCGCUGAAAUUCUCCCUCCGUGGUAAGAAGGAGAGCCGGAAAGCAGGCUCCUUCUCUUCGCAAGAGGGGUGGAAAUCGAAUAUCUACUAGCGACGCCUCCUUUUUCCGCAAAAGUGGUGAUCUAAGGAGGAAUCUUUAGACGAACGGGAGCUAUGAUGAGUCCUAUCUGACGAAUGAUGAUUUCAUGGGAUGACAUUUGGGUAGUGACGAUGAUCGCUUCUGAAUACUGGCGACGAGGAUGAAGAGACGAGGAUACGGAUAACAACUUCCUUCCUUGCUUUUCUUGUUAUCAGGGUUUAUUUUCCUUUCUUUCUGUAUAUCUUCUGGUUAUUGCGACUAUACCCUUUCCGUUUUACCCUCCUAGUCAAAUCUUCUUCGUGUAUAUAUGUACUGUACGUGGCUUUUGUACUCUAUUGGCGAUCUCACUUUGUCAAAACUAUCAAAACCAUAUACUAUAGAGGGAGGUAGACUCUAGAAUGGCUUCGCGGAAAUAAGACUGCAUACCUUGCAUCAGUUUACUUGUGGAGAUUCGCUUUGAUCUUGAAGCGAGUGCUACUUCGCUUUUGAUGAUUGUUGUGCUUAGCAUCCUGGCGAUAAAGUGAGAAUUUGCGAUGUGCAGGUGAGGUGUGUUCAGGAUGUCAAGAAGUAAGCACGGGAAGACACAGUCAAGCGUUAUAUGAAUACUGCUUUAAAAAGGUGAAAUUAGUUAGCCUUUGCGGUACAUGGUUAGUUGCCAGUUAAGAUGAUU